CGUCAUCGAUGUUACUCGACAGACGGACGAGGGGAUUUGAUCCAGGACCGAUCAGGUUCGCGAGCCGGCUGGAUCGAAGCUCUCGAACGGGAGGACCGCCGUUGUUUACGACGUACGCGAUGCCGGCGGGAUUAAGCGCGUCUAAUGAACUCUGAAUCCGUUUCAUCUCGUCUCGAGUACGAUCGUCUCGAAAUUUCUUCGUGGGGGUUUCCUCUACCGAGUUAAGUAGAUUUACUUCCUUUUCGAGGGAAAACGUUCGGCCAACGAAUCGAGAGUUGAGAGAUUCCGGUCCAAUGCUGUUCGUUAACGUCAUCAAAGAGCACUUCACUGACCGAGAGAUCGAAAGGUGGACGAAUAGCAGCUUCGAGCUGAGAUUUUAGCUUGAUUUCUGGCCACUGGCUUCUCACUCGAGUACGUGGAUCCGUCGGAAAGUUAUAAAAAUUUUUAUAUAUAUGGAUCAUCUGGAAUGAAAGAACAUAGUGUCAAUAUAAGUUAAUAUAAUACGUGUUAAUACGUGUUGAAGCACGUUUCUCAAUACUGCAUGGUGAUUCAAUCGGAAGAAAACUGCAAACGCAAGUCCAUGGCGACGAAGGUAUUUGAUGCUGAACAAACGAAGCAGACAUUCGUCGGCAGUUAUCAACGAUUCUUGGAGUUACUAUCGGAUCUUCUGUCGGCGGAUCUGUUGAAUAACAGCGCAAUCGUUGCAACAGCGUUUGCGCGCCGCGGGCAACGUCGACCGACUCGCUCAAGGAUAGAGACUUGGCGAUAAUCCACGACGAGGUGUUGUCGCAUCCGCAAAGACGUCGUCGAAUGAGACGAUAGUAAUGAGGAUAUCCGCGAACGAAGCUGGCGUUCCUCUACUAGGCGCCGUUGGUCCGCGCUACGUCGUCAAGCAGGCGACGGUGAAGCGCUGCGUUGUGGCGCUACUGUUCGUCUCUAUGGCCAGCAUAUUCUAUUACACUCACUAUAUCAUCAGCAGUGGACCAUUAUCCAGUUUGAUACACCGAGACACAAGACCGGAGCCAGCAAUACGAUGCUCUACUCUAAGAGGGGCGACCAGACUGCCAUCGGCACCAGACCAUCGUAGCGAGGCUCGAUUAAGGAUAGACCCGAAGGUGUUGGUCUUCGUAGAAACUCUAUAUUCCAGACUAGGCCGAGAGAUAGCUGAGUUGCUAGUUUAUAAUCGAAUAAAGUACAAAGUGGAGGUGGCCGGCAAAUCUUUACCGGUGUUGACGAAUCUUGAUAAGGGUCGAUAUGGGGUGUUGAUCUUCGAAAAUCUAAACAAGUACCUGCAAAUGGACAAAUGGAAUCGCGAGCUGCUGGACAAAUAUUGCAGGGAAUAUUCAGUUGGCAUCGUGGGUUUUGCGCCACCCGGAGAGGAGAGUCUAGUUGGUGCUCAGCUGAAGGGCUUUCCACUUUUUAUACAUACGAAUCUAAGAUUGAAAGAUGCUCAGCUGAAUGCGGCGUCUCCCAUUCUUCGAUUAACCAGAUCGGGGGAAACGGCCUGGGGACCACUUCCUGGCGGUGACUGGACUAUUUUUCAAGCCAAUCACAGUACCUACGAGCCGCUCGCUUGGGCGCACCGAGACAGCCUCGACUAUCCGGCCAACAAAAGUCCCCUGGCCACCGUCAUCCAGGAUCAUGGCAGGUACGACGGAAUUCAGAGGGUUCUUUUCGGCGGUGGAUUGCGAUUUUGGCUGCACAAGUUGCUGCUACUGGACUCAUUGUCUUAUUUGUCGCACGGGCAAUUGAGUCUCAGUUUAAAUCGUAUGAUCCUGGUAGACGUCGACGAUAUAUUCGUCGGGGAGAAAGGCACUAGACUGAAAAAAGACGACGUAAUGGCGUUGCUGGCCACUCAACAGAGAAUUCAAGCUCUGGUGCCGGGGUUCAAAUUCAAUUUGGGGUUUUCCGGGAAGUAUUUUCAUCACGGGACGGCGGAGGAGAAUUUGGGGGACGAUAUGCUUCUGGAGAACGUAGACAGAUUUACGUGGUUUUCCCACAUGUGGAAUCAUCAACAACCGCAUCUAUACGAGAAUGUAACUCAUCUACAAUUGGACAUGGCACUGAACAAACAAUUCGCAAAGGACCACGGUAUACCGACCGGAAGCGGAUACAGCGUAAGUCCGCAUCAUUCCGGCGUUUACCCGGUCCACGAAGGCCUCUACGAAGCGUGGAAGCGGGUAUGGAACAUCAAAGUUACGAGCACCGAAGAGUAUCCGCACCUGAGGCCAGCUCGUUUGAGACGCGGCUUUAUUCAUCGUAAUAUUAUGGUUCUACCGAGGCAAACUUGCGGCCUUUUUACUCACACAAUUUUUAUCGAGAGGUAUCCAGGCGGAAGGGAAAAGCUGGACGAGUCGAUACAAGGUGGCGAACUUUUCCAAACGAUCGUAUAUAAUCCAAUAAAUAUUUUUAUGACACAUAUGUCAAAUUAUGGAAACGAUCGACUGGCAUUGUACACCUUUGAGUCGGUCAUAAAAUUCAUUCAAUGUUGGACGAAUUUAAGGCUGUCCAGUGCACCACCUCUUGUGCUUGGAGAACGUUACUUCCAAUUAUAUCCCGAAGAGGCUGAUCCAGUAUGGGGAAAUCCAUGUGACGAUCAGAGGCAUCAAAAAAUCUGGUCCCGUAAUAAAACUUGUGAUCAAUUACCGCGAUUUCUAGUAAUUGGACCUCAAAAAACCGGUACUACAGCAUUAUAUACGUUCCUAUCCAUUCAUCCAGCAAUAAGUAGCAAUCUACCGAGUCCCGAUACUUUCGAGGAGAUACAGUUUUUCAACGGAAAAAAUUAUUACAAAGGUCUCGAUUGGUACAUGAGCUUUUUCCCAGCGUCAAAAAAUGAAAGUACCCCAAAAAAUGAAAGAUAUCUCUUCGAGAAAUCCGCUACUUAUUUCGAUGGAGAAUUAGUGCCACGCAGAGCUCAUGCACUUCUACCGAGAGCUAAAUUGAUCACUAUAUUGCUUUCUCCAGCCAGACGUGCUUAUUCGUGGUACCAGCAUACCAGAGUACACGGAGAUCCGGUAGCGAACAAUUACUCCUUCCAUGCGGUCAUCACAGCGAGCGAUUCCGCACCAAAACCCCUGCGGGACCUUAGAAAUAGAUGUCUGAAUCCCGGGAAGUACGCUCAGCAUUUAGAGAGGUGGUUGUCGUUCUACUUACCGUCACAACUACACAUCAUCGAUGGCGAACAGUUACGGCAAAAUCCUGUUGAAACGCUGCACGAGCUGCAACGAUUUCUGAAGAUAACACCCGCCUUCAAUUAUUCCUCACAUUUGAGGUACGAUCCGAAGAAAGGUUUCUUCUGCCAAGUAACUAACGAGGAUCGUACUAAAUGUCUUGGCAAAAGUAAAGGUCGCCAAUAUCCGCCGAUGGAAGAUAGAUCGUACAAAUUAUUACAGAGGUAUUACUUGUCCCACAAUACGGCUCUAGUAAAAUUAUUAAAGCGGCUUGGGUCCAGAACGAUUCCACAAUGGCUGAAGGAAGAUCUCACUGAUACGGUGAUGACCUAGCAAACGCCGAUUAUGUGAAACAGUAGUGUUUUCCGGUUGCUUGCUUCCGCUGUCAACGAGAUACAUCGCUUACUAGCGGAAGACUUGUAAAUUACUUGUACAUUUGAAACUCCACUGGAUUCCGCAUCUUCAGAGGGAGGACCAUGCCUAUCUCAGCGGACUGGCCUAAUCUAAAUGGAGAGCCUGCAAAAGCUAGUCACUAAGCGGCUUCACGAAGCCACAGUUGUAAUUGUCGAUCAUUGUUAAGCUAGUAAUGCUAUUAAAGUUAUAUUAUUAUUACUUUUAGUUUUACUACUAUUAAUAUUAAUUGCUAUUGUAUUAUAAUUAUCAUUAUUAUCAUUGUUACCGCGUCGUAGAGAUCAGGGAUAUUAAGAGCAUAUCGCUCAUGGUGCCAUUGUCCAGCAAACGUGAUUAAUCCUCUCGUCCUAUUUACCGGUGCACAAGUUGGGCCAAAGAAUAGUCGAUCAAUGCACAUGUUUUGCAUUUGGACUGAAAUUUAUUCAAAACAAAUGUAUAUCUUUACGGACCCCUGUUUUUAUAAAUUUAAUAACAUACGAUCCUAUUUCAUACGUAAUGAGAAAUGUCCAGAUAGUAGAAAUUUAUAAAACAAUAUCUAAUGUUGAGAGUAAAUGCAUUUUUGCUAUUAAACAUCACAGGCGUGUUGUAACAAAUGAUACUGAAGAGUAUUCUUUAGUCAAAUGUAAUAAUAUUUUGAAAAAAUUGAAAUUUAAUUUCUUUAAUGAUGGAUUUAUCUAAAUUAUUGUUUUAAACUAUUUAUUAUUUAUGCGUAAAGAUCAUCGAUGAAUCGUACUGGUAAAUUUUUGGACCAGUGAUUCAUUGAUUGUUCUUCUUGCACUAAUUGCCGGGAUCGUCCAUGCAAAUUUGAGAUUUUAGGGCUUUGAGCUUUUGUUUUAAGAUAAAUUAAAUAUUACAAUUUUUGGCUCGAAUUAUU